AUGGGCACCCGGGGCCUCCUAGGAUUCAUUAUUGGCUCUCAGCGCCAUGCCGCCUACAACCACUACGACUCCAACCCCGAGGCUCUUGGCGAGAAGAUCGUCGCGUUCCUGCUCAGUCUCAAAGGGCCUGAGGAUUACCAGAAGAUGGCGAUGCUCGUUCGGAACAUAACUUGGGCAGAAGAAGACUCGACCCCGAGCCCCGAGCUCCAACGCAAGUACUCUGAACUCGGGUUCUCCAACCUCCAAUUCAGCAGUAGGAGCCUCGAGGACUGGAACUGCCUCCUGCACAAUGUGCAAGGCGCAGCAGCGUUGCCCGCGAUCCAGAGGGGCGAUCUGGAGCACUUGGCUGAAAGCAUCGACUUCCUUAAAAACAGUUUCUCCUGCCAAUGGGCCUACUUCAUCGAUUUUGAGUAUCAGAUAUUCGAGACGUGGGCCUUUGGGGCGAAGCUUGACGAAGUGUCGUUCCAGCUCCUCGUCCAGAGGGGGCAGAGAUACUGGGAUGCGAUAAGUCGCGACGAAGUUGAUAAGAGAGCGGCAAGGAUUCAGAUGGCACUGCUCUCCGGCAGGGUGUUAUAG